CAGGCGAACGGGAAGAAGGGAGCAGGGUAAUCUUGCAAGUUACACGGCACAUUCAUUUAAGUAACAAACACAUUUGUUAAAAAGAAGAUUUGGCUGAAUGAUCUCAAACAACGAUAGUACCUGACUUCCAGAAACCGUCUGUCACGGACCAGUACAGUAACGUAAGAAAAUGUUGAAAACAGUGAUUCUCAUCGGAGGCCCGCAGAAAGGUACGCGGUUCCGGCCGCUGUCCUUCGAGGUGCCGAAGCCGCUGUUCCCGGUGGCCGGAGUGCCGAUGCUGCAGCAUCACAUCGAGGCCUGCGCAAAGGUCCCAAACAUGAAGGAAAUCUUACUUAUUGGCUUCUACCAGCCCAAUGAAGAACUCACCAGGUUCUUAUCUUACGCACAGCAGGAGUUUAAAAUUCCUGUAAGGUACCUGCAGGAGUACGCUGCUCUGGGCACGGGAGGGGGUAUCUAUCACUUCAGAGAUCAGAUCCUGUCCGGUGGCCCGGAGGCCUUCUUCAUCAUGAAUGCCGACGUCUGCUCUGAGUUCCCGCUGCCCGAGAUGCUGGAUUUCCAGAAAGAGCACGGAGACACACACAGCUUUGUCAUGCUGGGGACAACGGCUAACAGAAAACAGUCCAUGAACUAUGGAUGUAUCGUGGAAAACCAGCAAACAAAUGAGGUGUUGCAUUACGUGGAAAAACCCAGCACUUUCGUCAGUGACAUCAUCAAUUGUGGGAUCUACUUGUUCACCCCGGAAAUCUUCCAGCACAUCGGGGCGGUGUUCCAGAAGAACCAGCAGGACAUGCUGCUAUAUCCCUACGAGGGAGAGGAGCAGACCAAUGGCUGGCAGCGGGCGGAGGUGAUCCGUCUGGAGCAGGACAUCUUCACUGCGCUGGCGGGACAGGGCAAGCUUUACGUCUACAAGACCGACCGAUUCUGGAGCCAGAUCAAAUCAGCUGGAUCAGCGAUAUACGCCAGUCGCUUGUACCUGAACCAGUACCACAAGACCCACCCAGAGAGGCUGGCGACCAACAGAGACGGAGGGCCUAAGAUCAGCGGGAAUGUGUACAUUCAUCCGACAGCCAAUAUUGAUCCUACGGCUGUGUUAGGACCCAACGUCUCCAUCGGGACGGGGGUGACGAUAGGCGCGGGCGUGCGAGUGAGAGAGUCCAUCAUCCUCCACGGAGCCACUCUGCAGGAUCACAGCUGUGUGCUGAACAGCAUCGUGGGAUGGGACAGCACAAUCGGCCGGUGGGCUAGAGUGGAGGGUACCCCUAGUGACCCCAACCCAAAUGACCCGUAUGCCAAAAUCGACAGUGAGACACUGUUCCGAGAUGGCAAGCUCACCCCCUCCAUAACUAUUCUGGGUUGUAAUGUGAAUAUUCCAUCAGAAGUGAUUAUACUCAACUCCAUAGUCCUUCCGCACAAAGACCUGAACCGGAGCUUCAAAAACCAGAUUAUACUGUAGCUCGUUUUCUCUGUGCUCGUCAGAGGCGGUGUUCAUUUUGACUGACACAAAUGAAGGAUGCCGUGGAAUGUACAAAAGUGAAAGAAAAAUCUGCCAUUGAAUUUCAAUACAAAAACAUUUUAACGUACUAAAUGGCAAAAGGACAAUAAAUGAGCUUAUAUCAGGUGCCUAGUAAUUGAAUUUCUAGUUUUGUAUUCCAGACAGUGACACAUUUGAUUUGAAAUAUUUCUCUCCAGAACAUUGUUUUGAGAUGGGACCUCAUUUGAGGCGAAAGAUAUUACAUAUGCACUGAGAACGCUUUGAGAGGAAGAGGAAGUGGCUCAUUUCCCUCGGUGUGUAAUCAUGACACUAAUGAUGUCUACAUCGUACCGUGCUAUCACUGUGCAGUUAACCUCACACUGACUGCUGGAAGCCUCAUGAAUCACACCUGAUGUCAGUUUGGAUUGUUACUGAAAUUAUGCCUUAAAACUUUAAAAUGCACAGUUCCUAAACAGGGUGCUGUGGACGUGUUCACAGGAGUUCCUGGGAUAAAUUGUAAGGUGGUAGGUUGUGUUUAGUGCUUUAUAUAUCCACUAGUAUGUCAUUUAUCUUAAGGUUUCCUCAUUUAGAUCGACAGUACUCAUUCUCAAAGGGUCAACAAAAUUGUGAUGAGAUAUGAAUGUAUUUCCUGAAUCUGGCUCUAAAUACAAAUUAAUAUAAUGACGUUGCAUGGAUUCAUUUUGGCAUAAAUCUAUAUGUUAAUCUGUUUUAAAUAAUGUGUGGUUAGCCUAUAGAAUCGGCAAGACCUGAAUCCAUGGGUACGUCCACCAGUAUGUUCCUGCAUUUCUCAAAAAAAAAAAAAAAAACUUAUUUCUAGAGUUAUGAAAAUUUUAAAUUGUUGUAGAGAUAUGUGUACAGAUUGUAAAUUAAAGGAACUUGAUGCAUAACUA